UUUUUUUUUUUUUUUUUUUUUAUUAAAAUGAUAAAUUAUAAAAAUUAUGAAAAUUAUAUUAAUGAAAUUCGAAAUUACGCUAAAGAUAGUGAAAUAAGUGAUAAAGAACUAGACAAAAUAUUUGAUGAAUGUUUUGAUGAGUUGGAAAAAAAAAUAUAUAGCAAACGGGGAAUUUGUAAUUUAAUUAUAGAAUUAAUCAAAAUAUUUUUAAUACUGAGUUUUUUAUUAUUUAUAUUUCUUGUUAUUAUUUAUUACAAUCCAUAUGUGCGUAGUUUUUUUCUACGCAAUUUGCAAAAUUAUAUUUAUCCAGGUUUUUAUGUUUUUCGUAAACUUGCAGUGCCUAUUAUUACACGAUACCCAUCACUUACAGAAUAUUAUGAUGAAUCAUGCCUGGUAGAAAAUCAAUUUUUCCAGUUACCAGGCAUUGAUUGCUGGCCAUGUAAUACAAUCCAAACAAUUCCCGAUAUGUCGGGAUUAAAUUGGACCAUACCACGUAAUUUUAAUUUUGGAUUUCCUUUUACAAGACAAGAAAACGAUAGUAUUAAUAACGAUUUAUCGAGCUUGCUUAAUAUACUUAUUGAUAAUAAAGAUAUAUUUAUUAAUGACGCUCGAAAAAUCACCUCAAAUAAUCCUGCCUAUAAGAGUAUUAAUGAUGUUAUGAAUAAGAUACUAGAUGUAAAUAAAUCCGAAUCACAAAAUACACACAUUACAUGGAGAAUAAAUAGAAUGACACCAAGUAGAAUUUUACGUAAAUUAUUCCCAAAACCGAAUGGAACUCCUGAUUGGUGGGGUCAGUCCGUUGAGAGAUUUAUUUUCAUUGAUGAACCUUCGGCUCCAGUAUAUAAUUUACCGAAUCCUGAGUGUACAAACAUUAUUUUAAGAUCAACAGGUGGAUUGCGUUUAAUUAAAAUGGUUCCCAGUCCAGAAUGUCGUAAUUCUUGUAAACCAUUGGCAAUUAUUUUGAAAGCUGGUUAUACGUUAUGGUAUAAUUGGUUGUACUGGAGACCCAUAAGUUACCCAGUUAUUAAUUCAACAGAUGUUUCUGUAAAUUAUUUAACGUCUUUUUGUUAGUGACAAUAAUUUAAAACAAAUUUAUAUAUUAAUUUUUUAUCACCUUUUAUAUAAAAUGUGCCAAUUAAUAAAUAAAUGUAAGUACUAUUUAAAAAAAAAUUUUUUUUUUUAAUAAAUGUACAAUGAUCAGUAUUAAUAAAUAAUAUUCUUUUAUUCAAAAGACAAAAAAUUUAAAUAUUUAGUUAUUGAAAAAAAAUCCCCGGAUCGAAAAAUUUGAUCUGAUUUUAGUUUAAUUAAACUAUUUGAUCUGUUUUUGAUCUUUUACAAAAAUUUUAAGCUGUUUUUGAGAAACCUUGAUUGUUUUAAUCUCAGAAUUUUUAAAAUUAAAUUGAAAAAUUUUUCUUGACAAUGGACUUCGGAGAAUUAUCUUAAGGGGACCUGGUGGUCUAGAAAUUUCGAAAAAAAUUUUUUUUUUUUUUUUAUCAUAUUUCGAAAGUAUAGUUUUUCAAAAAUAUACUGUUAAAAUAUGGUGAUGAUAUUCCCAGUAUUUGAUGUUCUAAAAGCUAUUUAGCAGGCUGGCCGAGUGAGUAAUUUUUAUUCUAUUGUUCGGCGGAAAACAUCUGCUUCGAAUUCUAUACCUAGUUAUAAUAAUGAUAAACAAGUCAACAUAUAAUGAAAAACAAGAAAAACCGAAGAAAUGCAUAAGAAAAAAAUAUGGCGCUGGAAUAGCUGAUUAAUCGUAAGUAUAUGUUCAAAUAUAGUUUUCUUCAGAAUUUCUUUGACUAAAACUUUAAACGCGUUUAUCUCGAAACUACUUUUUUCUGCGUGGCGUAGGGGGAAAAAAAAUUAUCUGGUCGAUUGCUUUCAAAUUUAAAUGUUAUUUAAUACACUAACAGCCAUAGCUGGUACUAGAAUAAAAUUUUUGCGUUGAAUAUUUCUAUUUUUUAACAUGCAAAGUGUUAAGAAAAAAAAUGCAAUUUUUUGACUACAAAUUUCAACAAAGUGCCACUUCUUCAAAAAAAAUUUUUUUUUUUUAUUCUAGUUCCGCCGAUAGGUAUAUUUAUACUGAUUAAAAAUUCAUUAAAUUUUUUUGUUUCAGAUCCAUAGAAGAGCUGAAUUGUUCUACGCCGCCCGGGUCCCUUUUUUUAAAGGAGCUAACUUCAACGCCAUCUUUUAAAUAUUAAAAAUAAUUUUUUUUUUAACUAUAAAGAUUUUUUAAUAUUUUAAUAACAAUAAAAUAAUUCCUCAAAAUUUCAUAAGAUUUGAUUUUUAUUAAGAUAUAAAAAAAAAUUUUUUUUAAAUCAUGAAAUUUUCAGCCUCUAGACCACCGGGUUCCCUUAACGAUUUACUGUAUCUGACAAAUUUUUAUCGGCGGUGUACUUUUUAAAGUUCUUAAAAAUUCUCAUAUUAUUUUUGAUGAUAAUUAAAUAAAUGAAAAAGUAAAAAAAAAAAAUACUUGACCCAUAUACUUCUUAAAGAAUAUAUUUAUUUCUUCAACCAAUUGCUCUUAUCAUUGCAUUAGUACCAGAAAAAAAUUCCACCGAUAAACCCAUAAUUAGAACAAUCUUUCAAAGAAAUCAAUAAAAAACAAGAACAAUAACUUCCACGUAUGCACUAAAAAAUUUAAUUAACGUCCACUUAAAUCCAUUAAAUUAAUUACUAUUAUUUUUGUAACUUAAUGACUCCAAUAACCUUAAAA